CCCAGCUCGAGCGGGCCUGCCUCGCCUCGGACACCUGAUUUCACUCCGGUGCCGACAGCGUAACUACGGUUCUGGGGGAGAAGGCGUCUCAGGACGCAGGGGCGCUUGUCACUUAAAGCGACUCAACCAUCACGGCGCGCUGACUUCUUUAGGACGGACGGAUCUACAGGAACGCACGGAGUUCCUCCCCGUGGCCUCCCGGAGCUGAGAGCUGCUGGCUUAUGGGAUCGGGUCCAAACCCCCUGGCCUGCCACGGAAGGGCCUUCGGAAGGGGCCGCACCCACCCCGCCCACAGGGACAGCGCGGGGCCUCCCCACCCCUCACCCCUGCAAGCAGGUGCGGUGCCCGCCAGGACGCCCUCCUUACUGUCCACCUGCAACCUCCCACUCAAAGCCAGCCCUCCGCUCGCACCGCGCGGCACCCCCCCCCCCAACCCGGAGCGCACCGCCUUCUAAGGAGGCGGGGGGCCUCUCCACCCCCCCACCACGGGGCAGGGGCAGCGACGGCGUCUCAGGGGCCCCAGCUGAGCAGCUCAUCCAAUGGAAGUGGAAUUCCCACGUGAUCUCGCAGUCAGCCACACCGAGGUGGGAACGCUGCUGUUGUGAGGCUUGAGUUCGUGUUGUGCGAGGUGCCUGGAACAGUCCUGGGAACGGACUGUGUGUCUGAUAACUGUCUGCACUCCUCUGGGCUGACGGUGAACCCGUCACAAAGGAGACUGCGUACCCAAGCCACUGUCACCCCGCGGUGCUCUGCUCCUGGGGGGUUUGCACUGACAUCAAGCGCAUCGGCGUUUGUGUCCCUGGGAGAUUAUCCGUGGUCGCAGUCAACCUGUUGAAGAAAUGGAUUUGGAUCAGUUGGACCUGAAUCCCAGAAUUACUACUGCGGUCAAGAAAGCCAAACUGAAGUCAAUAAGGGAGGUUUUGCAUUUUUCUGGACCAGACCUGCAGAGACUAACCGGCCUCUCCAGCCUCGACGUGCAACACUUGCUGAGAACGGCCUCUCUGCACCUGCGGGGAAGCAGCGUCUUCACAGCUCUGCAUCUGCACCAGCAGAAGAAGAGGUUCCCCGCCCAGCACCAGCGCCUGAGCCUGGGCUGCCCCGUGCUGGACGGCCUUCUCCGCGGCGGCCUGCCCCUGGACGGUGUCACCGAGCUGGCCGGUCACAGCUCCGCCGGGAAGACCCAGCUGGCCCUGCAGCUCUGCCUGACCGUGCAGUUCCCUCCGCGGCACGGAGGCCUGGAGGCCGGGGCCGUGUACGUCUGCACUGAAGACGUCUUCCCGGACCUGCGUCUGCAGCAGCUCAUUGCAGGGCAGCGGCACCUGCGGACGGACGUUCCGGGAGAGGUGAUCGACAGGAUGAAGUUUGGCCACCAGAUCUUCAUCGAGCACGUGGCCGACGUGGACGCCCUGCUGGAGUGUGUGAGUAAGAAGGUGCCCGUGCUGCUGUCGCGGGGGAUGGCCCGCCUAGUGGUCAUCGACUCCGUGGCGGCCCCGUUCCGCUGUGAGUUUGACGGCCCGGCCUCAAUGCCCAGGGCCAGGCAUCUGCAGGCCUUGGGGGCCACCCUGCGCCGGCUGAGCAGCACGUUCCGGAGCCCCGUGCUAUGCAUCAACCAGGUGACAGAGGCCAUGGAGGAGCAGGGUGCGGCACCCGGGCCACAAGGUCUCUGGGAGGAGCGGGUCUCUCCGGCCCUCGGAAUGACCUGGUCCAAUCAGCUCUUAAUGCGGCUGAUGGUCAGCCGGCGCCGCCCCGAGGAGGAAGCCGUCCUCCCCCCGCCCGGCCGCCCUGACCGCACCCUGCGGGUGAUCUUCGCCCCUCACCUGCCCCCCUCAUCCUGUUCCUACACCGUCAGCAUGGAGGGGGUACGGGGGACUCCCGGGACCGAGGCCCGUUGACGUGGCAGCUGCAGAACGGCCGGUCAGGUCCCAAGAAACCCCGAGUCUGGCCGAGCCCUCCACACUCUGCAGGCACAGGGGACUCACGUCUUGACCCGGAACACCCAUCACCGGGACAGGGUCUGCUCCAGGGGUUGGCUGCCCCUUCUCAACGGCGGGAAGGCAGUAAGCACGGAUGACCCGCCUGACGUG